GAAAAAGAAGAAAGAGGGAAGAAGAUCGGUUGAUCAGCUCUCCCGAAGAAGAAGAAGAAGAAGAAGAGCCAGAGCAGAUCGGCGUGAGAGAUUGAGACUGAGAGAAGGAGAGAGAUCUAGAGAGACAGAGAGAGAGGAAACUGAUUUUGGGUGCAAGCGAUACUCUCAAAAAACGCAGCGUUUCAGGGAACAAAAAUGUCGGUGACAGCGGGUGUUAGCGAUACUAUAAUUGCCAUUAGGGAUAAGCUUAGAGGGAAAAUUGGGCAAACAAAAGUUAAAAGGUAUUGGCCCGGUAGAGCACCUGAAUGGGCUGAUGAUGAUGAGGCUGCUAAUGCUGCCCAUGAAGAUGGAGAUGUUGCUCUGGAACAAGCGUUCCCGAGGAGUCGUCAGGAUGACUCCAAUAUUGUUAGGAAGGAUGAUGCUAGGCUGCGGCGUUUGGCUCAGAGUAGGAUAGACGAUCGCGAGGAAGUGAGAGCUGAUCACCGCCGCAUUAGACAGGCUGAGAUUGUUUCGACAAUUGAAGAGGAAGCUAGAAUGCAGGAAAAGUUGGAUAUGGAGGAGGAUGAUGCGGAUGCCUUGGAGGAAAGGAGGAGGAGGAUUAGGGAGAAGUUGCUUCAGAGGGAGCAGGAAGAGGCUGCAAUUUUGGGAGAAGAGGAGGAGGAGGUAGAGGAGGAGGAGGAGGAAGAGGAGGAAGAGGAGUCUGAAUACGAGACUGACUCAGAGGAAGAGCAUAUGGGUAUUGCAAUGGUUAAGCCUGUGUUUGUUCCCAAGUCGGAGAGGGAUACCAUUGCUGAGCGGGAACGUCUUGAGGCUGAGGAACGGGCCCUUGAGGAAUCAAAGAAGAAGAGAUUGGAGGAGAGGAAGGUGCAGACAAAGCAGAUUGUGGUUGAGGAGAUCCGGAAAGAUGAAGAGAUUCAGAGGAAUUUGGAAAUGGAGGCAGAUAUUGCUGAUGUGGAUACCGAUGAUGAAGUGAAUGAGGCAGAGGAGUAUGAAGCUUGGAAGGUGAGGGAGAUUGCUAGGAUCAAGAGGGAUAGGGAUGACCGUGAGUCGAUGUUGAAGGAGAGGGAAGAGAUUGAGAGGGUGAGAAACAUGACAGAGGAAGAGAGGAGGGAGUGGGAGAGGAAGAAUCCAAAACCUGCUGCGCCACAAAAGCAGAAAUGGAGGUUCAUGCAGAAAUAUUACCACAAGGGUGUAUUCUUCCAGUCAAAUGCUGACGACACUGCUGCAACUGCUGGAUCAGAUAAUAUUUACACUCGGGAUUUCUCUGCCCCAACUGGAGAAGAUAAGAUGGACAAGACAAUAUUGCCCAAGGUCAUGCAGGUCAAGCACUUUGGUCGUAGUGGAAGGACAAAAUGGACUCAUCUUGUCAAUGAGGAUACAACCGACUGGGACAACCCGUGGACAUACAAUGAUCCUCUACGCACAAAAUACAAUGCAAAAAUGGCUGGAAUGAAUGCACCUAUAGCUAAACCUAAAGGAAGCAAGAAAUUGAAGGAUUGGGAGUCUCGUUGAUUUUAGAGCACAUAUAGAAAGCAUUCCUGUAGCUUUGUAUCAAUCAUCUUAUUGGAGAAUUGAGUAUGUUUUGGCUAUUCUUAUUUACGUACAUGUAGGCUUGAUAGCAUCAUUUUCUACUUAUCUUAUUAAAGAAGCAGGCUAAGGCAGUUAUUAUGAAUUCAAAGCAGCUAAGGCAGGUGAAGGUGGCUUGAGUUUUGUGGACAGAAAUGCACCUUAGAAUAUCAUGACACGAGAUUACGAUCCAGUCACGUCAUGUAUUGCAUGUUUUAGUUGUUGGAUACACACAUUUUCUUCCCACUUAGCAAAAGAGGGUGUCUGAAUCACAUUUGAAAGUUGUGUUUAGAGACUAAGGGCAUUUUGGUAGACUAUAAUAACCAUUAACCACUGUAAUGAAAUAGCUAUUUUGUUGUUA